AUGGAUUCCGAUAUGGCGAGUCACUACCAGGUGAUGGAGGAAUUAGGGAGUGGAAGCUUUGGAACUGUGUACAAAGCCAUUGAAAAGUCUACCGGGGAAAUUGUUGCAGUGAAACAUAUCGAUCUCGAAUCGAGCGAAGAUGAUAUCCAGGAAAUUCAACAAGAGAUUUCCGUCCUGGCCACAUGUGCAAGCCCAUUCGUGACACAAUACAAAGCGAGCUUUCUUCGAGGACACAAAUUGUGGAUUGUUAUGGAGUAUUUAGGGGGAGGCUCUUGUCUUGACCUGCUAAAACCCGGCAUCUUCAACGAAGCACAUGUAGCCAUUAUUUGUCAACAGUUGCUCCAAGGUCUGGAGUACUUACACAGCGAAGGCAAGAUACAUCGCGACAUCAAAGCCGCAAAUGUGCUUUUGUCGCAUACGGGGAAGGUGAAACUGGCGGAUUUCGGAGUUGCAGCGCAGUUGAUCAAUAUUAAAUCUCAACGCAAUACAUUCGUCGGGACACCUUUUUGGAUGGCGCCGGAGGUAAUUCAGCAGUCGGGAUACGACUACAAGGCGGAUAUCUGGUCACUAGGAAUCUCUGCCAUUGAGAUGAUUAAUGGAGAGCCGCCGCAUGCUAGCACCCAUCCGAUGAAGGUGCUUUUUCUGAUUCCGAAGGAGCCCGCACCGCGACUGGAAGGCGACCAGUAUAGCAACGCUUUCAAAGACUUCAUCACACGAUGUUUGACCAAGGAUCCGGAUCGAAGACCGACUGCAAAGGAGCUUUUGCGGCACAAAUUUAUCCGGAAUGCGGGGAAGACCGAAGCAUUGCAGGAGCUAAUCCAGCGAAAGCAAGACUGGGAUGCUGGAAGAGGUGUGACGCAUAAUAUCAAGUACUAUGCGGAGUCUCUUAAUACCAUCACGCAUUUAGAGGACGACGACGGAUGGGUCUUCGACACAGUCAGAGCCCCGACGAUGGUGAUACCGGAGGACCCGUAUGAGAUGGAAAGCAAACUGGAGCCCGAGAACUACCCAUACGAUGAGACGUCCGAGAUGAUGGACAGUCUGCGCAUUUCUAGCCCACCAUCUCCCCCAAAGCACGCCGUAAACACCGCGGUGAGACGCAUUCCCGCACCCGACCGCAGCCCUUCGCUACAACGGAACAGCAGAAAACGACGCUCCAGUGGGGCAAAGCAGCCUCUGGGCGUGGACUUGAGCUUCGGUAACAGCCCAUCGGCAGCCCGUCAAUUCCGUCGCGUGUCGGACAAGACGUCGGGAGAAAAUCCAUAUAUUUCGCAUUACCCGAUCGCAUCCGAUGAAAAUGCGAGCCCCAAGGCUCUCCAUUGCCCCGAGUCGAACAGCAAGGAAACCCAGCUGGGACGUCGGGCAUACAGCAAAGCAGUGGGAUUAGCCUGUCAGGAGGUUCUGGGGACAACCGGAGACCAGGAAAAGCGAGAGGCCAUCUCUCGUCUAGCCGAAGCCUGGAGUGACCUGGAAAUGGUGGAUCCUGAGGGUCUGUAUCAUAUCCUCAGGGCCACAAACGAAAGGCUCCAAGCGGACCCCAAGCUGUCAAGUCUUGUCCCACAAGCUCCACCAGCACCGGAAUCUCCACAAAGACCACGACUAGUUUUGGCUCAGAAUAACCCACAUCUAAAAAGCCACCGGCGGCGUCAAUCGGCAGCAGCGACCGAACCAAACCUGCAGCCGGGGCAGCUAGCGAAUCUUCCCGGCCAGCAAGUGCCGGGAAUGGAGCACACCAAGCAAUUAUCCGAAGUGCUGUACCAGCGAUGGUCCGAAGGACUUCGCAAUCGCUGGCCAGGGCUCUAG